AUGUCAGAUUCAAAAACGAUAAAGAAGCUAGACGAGUCAGUUAUCAACAAGAUAGCUGCUGGUGAGAUAAUCAUUCAACCGGCUAAUGCAUUGAAAGAAAUGUUGGAAAACUCAAUCGAUGCAAAAGCAACCAAUAUCGAAAUUGUUGUCAAAGAAGGUGGACUCAAGCUACUCCAAAUUACUGAUAACGGCGAAGGAAUCAAUAAGGAGGACCUACCUCUUUUAUGUGAACGAUUUGCUACUUCCAAGCUCACCAAGUUUGAAGAUUUGGAACUGAUUGCUACAUAUGGAUUCAGAGGCGAAGCUUUGAGUAGUAUAUCACAUAUAUCUCGAUUAUCGGUAACGACAAAGACGCGAGAGUCUAAAUUGGCGUACAAGGCAUUCUAUUUAGAUGGGAAACUAUGUACACCUAGUUUUAAGUCGUCGGUGGAUGGUAAGUCACAGCCAAAGCCAAUCGCUGGUCGAGAUGGCACACAAAUUACAGUGGAAGAUUUGUUCUACAACUUGCCUUCGCGAUUCAAGGGACUAAAGUCGAAAAGCGAUGAAUUUGCCAAGAUAUUGGAUGUCGUGGGCCGAUAUGGAGUUCACACACAACAUGUUGGAUUUAGUUGCAAGAAAUUUGGUGAUCCUUUGCAUCAAUUGAAUACCAGAGGAAACAUGCCGUUGAAGGAGAGGAUACGGACGGUUUAUGGCUCAGCUAUUGCUAAUGAGUUGUUGGAUAUCGCCAUUGAUUCCACAGAGCCAAAUCAAGGGGGUAGCAGUGUAGAUGAUGCUUUGAAUUUAGGUUUAAUUAAAGCGACUGGUGCUAUAACUAAUGCCAAUUAUAAUAACAAAAAGAAGAUCCAACCGAUUAUAUUCAUCAACCAUCGAUUGGUUUCCUGUGAUCCACUAAAACGAGCAAUUAAUUCUGUUUUCCAGUUUUUCCUUCCCAAGGGAAGUUAUCCAUUUUUCUACAUUAGUCUAGAAAUUAAACCGGAGAAUUUGGAUGUUAAUGUGCAUCCAACUAAAAGAGAAGUAAGAUUUUUGAAUGAAGAUGAAAUUAUUGAUGUGAUUGUGGGGAAAGUGCAUGGUAUAUUGUCGAGCUUUGAUACGUCAAGGAAAUUUCAAACGCAAAGUAUUGUUUCCAAACGAAGUUUUGAAUUGGGGGAUGAGGAGAGUUUAGAUGAGUUUAGGAAUCAACCAUUGAAGAAAUAUAGACAGGAAAAUAAAUUGGUGCGGAUUGAUGCAAAUCAAUCCCAGAUUAAUCCUUUUUUACAAGCAGAGUACCCCACUAGUCGGAUCUUGAAUAGUAUUGAUGAUGAAUUAAUUGAAGGCGAGAAGCCCCCAGCAAAAGAAGUAGAAGAUGAAGAUGAAGUCGCGGUGCGAGAUGCUACAGUAAUUAAUGAGCCAGAUGUAUCUACGACAGCUAUCAACCCAAGUAGGUCACAAGUGGAAGUCAACCUUGAAUCUAUUAGUACAUUGAAAAAUGAAUUGUGUGACUUUAUUGACAGGCCAUUAACCAAUGUAUUCAACCAAGCAGUUUUUGUGGGUGUUAUUGAUCCAGCUAAACGGUUAUGCUGUUUUCAAUAUGAUGUUAAACUAUAUUUAUGUGACUAUGCUGCUGUUUUAUUAGAGUUUUACUAUCAAGUUGCAUUGCAUGAGUUUUGCAAUUAUGGUGAAAUACAAUUUGAUGAACCAAUUAGUCUACAAAGCAUAUUGGAGCCAUUGUACCAACUUAAAGGAGAAAAUGAGCUAGUCCCCAUGGAUGAGGUUAUUGCAAGUAUAAUGAAAAUGAGGGAUAUGUUUGACGAAUAUUUCCAAAUCAAGAUUGAUCAACAUAAUAAUCUUACAACAAUUCCCAUGAUUAUGCAAAAUAUCCAACCUGAUUUUAGAAAACUUUCGUAUUUUUUGUAUCGAUUAGGUACAAAGAUCAACUAUGAAAACGAAAAGCAAUGUUUGCAUGGGAUAUUGAGACAAAUUGCACUAUUGUAUAUCCCCGAACCAUUUGAGGAUGAAGAAGAUGGAGAUGAUGGAUUUGAGAUAGAAGGUGUUGCUGAAGUGGUGGCUAAACGAGAAUCAUUAGAACAUGAUUUGGAAAAUGUGUUGUUUCCUGAGAUUAAGAAACAAUUUUUAGCAACAAAGAAUCUCGCUAGAGAUGUGAUUCAGAUUGCUGACUUACCUGGCUUAUAUAAAGUAUUUGAAAGGUGUUGA